UUUGACGGCUUUGGAUUGUAUUAACUUGUUAUUCCCUUUGAAAGUUAAUUAUAUUUCUAUCGUUUCUCGUUAUUUCUAUAAUGAAAGCUAUAAGAAUUCUUUAGCCAUGUUAAAUCAAACAUCGACAGAAGCGCUUCUUUCAGCGACUUAUGUUGAAAACUACUUAGAUUGCGUUGAAAAUCUACCUAAUGACCUGCAACGACAUUUAUCGCGUAUGCGAGAAUUAGAUGUGACUUACAGAGAGUGCCUCCGGGAUGCAGAAACACACUUAGCAGUUUGUAUAGCACCCAACACUGAAGAACGCCGUUGUGGAAGAGCAGCAUUACGUCUACAAGCAGCUUUAGUUGCAGCACAAGAAAUUGGUGAUGAAAAACUACAAGUUGUUCAAUUACUUCAAGAUCUUAUUGAUAAUAAACAGAGAUCACUUGAUGCCGACCACAAAAAAUUGCUUUCAUCUUUGGAAGUGAAUACAAAUGGCACAGCUAAAGAAGAAUUACCUCAAGCAUCAGAGUCUCGAUCUACAGAUAAGGACACAAGCACACAACAAGUGCAACAAACACACGCACCCCCUCCCCCUCCUCCUGAGAGAUCCAAUGAUAAAGAAAAAGAUAAGGGAGAGAAAGAUAAGAGUGGAGGUGAACGCUGGUCAAAACGAGCACGACGGUCAAGAACGACAGCAGGAGCUGCGACUGAUGGCGCUGAUUCAGGCGAACGCGACAACGACCGACAUACACACAAUACUACACAUAAGAAAGGUAUAGGUAAGAAGAAAAAACGUAAAGCUCGUCAGACAGCACAACGCUCUGAAACUCCACCAGAAGAAACAGACGCUAUAGAUCCAGAUGAGCCUCGUUACUGUUUAUGUGAUCAAAUUUCUUAUGGUGAGAUGAUUCUCUGUGACAAUGAUCUCUGUCCUAUUGAGUGGUUCCACUUUUCCUGUGUCUUUCUCACAACAAAGCCAAAAGGCAAAUGGUUUUGUCCAAAGUGUCGUGGUGAUCGGCCAAAUGUGAUGAAACCUAAGGGACAAUUUCUUAAAGAACUUGAACGGUAUAAUAGAGAAAAAGAAGAAAAAGCAUAGCGAUUGCUUGAUUACAAGUGAGAUGACUGUGAUUAUUUCGUGCUCUUUGAGAGUUUGCAAUGACAGAAAAGAAUAGAAAUCUAUAAAAUUAGCAUAUGACUCUGAUUUAUAUCAGUUUGAAUAAGAAUUUGGGAAAGAUAAAGUAUUUGUGUUCAAGGGAAUUAUAAUAAAAUAUGUAUAAAAAAUAACAAUAGACUACUGUGUCUUACUCUAUAAAAUAUCAACUAUCAAAAUAAUAACUUUUAUCUCAAAUAAAUUUGAGAAAUUAUGUUUGAUCAUUAAUCAGGCUUAAUUUUUAAAGAAAAAAUCCAAACCAAAUGGAAGAGAAAUAUAUUUAGUCAUCUCACAUAUGCCCGCAGACUAUUUUAAAAAUAUAAGUAUUUAUAAUGUGAUGAUUAUUAAUAUGUUAUUCAGAUUUUAUAAUGUAAAAGAAGAAUAAAAUACUUUAUUGCCAGUUACUAAAAAGGGGAUUGAAAAGGAUUCAUUUUAUUUAAUAACUUAUUCUGGCAAACAAUAUGUAUAUAUUACAAUAUUGUUCUCACUGUGAAGAGAAUGUUAUGACAUAAUACUAUUAUUGUAAAGCGUCAAGUUUGUACGCAAUUAUAACAAUUCUGUACAGAAAGUAGUUUUCUUUGAUACAGUUAAAGUUAACACAUUUUAUUUCUUAAAAUUAAAUAUAAGAUUUUCAAUUA